AUGAUAGAACCCUCUGAAGACUCAUUUGAGACGAUGAUGGAGCGUAAGAAUCCAUCAUCAAAACAAAUGGAGUCCUCUGAGGGCUCAUCCAACACCACCAUGGAGAUAGAAGGCGGAGUACAGGAGGCGGCGGGGCCGGCUCAAGGCCCAGCCCAGGAAAUGGGAGAGCUGCCCAUUGACCUCCUCCAAGACAUGGAGGAGCCAUCCAGUGGCCGACAUAGUGAAAUAAAGGAUCCACCCAAUGACCUACUCCAAGACCUGGAGGAGUCAUGCAAGGCUUCCCGUCAGGAAGUGGGGGAUCCCAUCGGUGAGGCGCCUGGUGAGAUGGAAGAAGCAUCGGUCAAUGAGGGAGAGCUGGACGAAGACGACGACGACACUGACCUAAGUGACGACGACGAGGAGGAGGAGGAGGAGCCCGGUGAGUUGGAAUUAAGGGGCAGGGUCAGCUCCUUCACCUCUAUGUACUUCUGGAUGCAAGACCUCAAAGAACAGCAAAAAAUAGCAAUCGAGAUCCUGAUGAAAGCGAUCCGAAUGGGCCGCGUGCCGGAGCCGCAAAUCUUCUCGGGCGAUCGAAGAGAUUACCCGGAGUUCUUUGUGCACUGCCACAUGAUCAUACAAGGCUACCCAAGAAAGUUCCGCAACGACCGCCGGCGAGUGAGGUUCAUCAUCAGGCACCUCUCAGACACGGCCCUCGAAUGGGCCCAAAACCUGAAGCGGCAAAGAAGCCCCCUGCUGACCAACUACCCAGCCUUCGUGGAGGCCAUGACGAACACGUUCCAUUACAAGGAGGAACUGCGUGUGGCAGAAGACACCAUGCUCAACAUCGCGCAAGGGGAUCGCGCCGCCAUCGACUACAUCAACGAGUUCCGGGAGCUGGUACCCACCUUGUGUUGGCCAGACGAGGUCCUGCAGGCCCACCUGUGCCUGGGGCUCAACGAGGAGAUCAGGCAGUAUCUGUUCCAGCUCCCUCAGCCAGACUCGCUGGAGAGUCUGAUGGCCCUCGUCCUGCAGAUAGAAGAGAACCUGGCAGAGAAGAAGGCCAUGCUCAGGAUGCGUCCACAGUCCCACUCUCGGAACCCUACCGCGAAGGCCAGGAAGGACUCACCUGCUCCCGAGAAGUGGCCGGUCAGCAGCUGGCUGACCUACGAAAUCCAGCCCGAUAUCGAUCGCAGGCACGUCUUCCUGCUGCUCAUGGUGAGGGUGAACCCUUACCACAGUGUCGCGGUCCAGGCGCUGGUGGACUCGGGGGCAAGCUCCAACUUCAUGGAUGAGAGGUUUGCCCAGGAGCACUAUGUUGAGUUGUUCGAGAAGCCCUACCCGCAGUCCAUCCACACCAUGGAUGGCUCCCUGAUUGGCAACGAGCCCGUGUGGCUGCACACUGAGCCUCUGGUGUGCUUUCACCAGAACCACCAUGAGCUAAUUGAAUUCGACAUCGUUCCUUCACCCAACUUCUCCGUGGUCCUGGGCAUCAACUGGCUCCGAGUCCACUCCCCCGAUAUCGACUGGGCCCGAGGCCGCUGCACCUUCCACUCUCCCUACUGCCUGAAGAACUGCUUCAGCCCACUCCCACCAUCCACCACGCUCGAGAGACAUGCCAUAAGCCUGCUGCCCGGCCUGCUGCCCCAGUAUUCCGACCUUGCCGACGUGUUCAACCCGAAGAUAGCAGAUGAUGAGACUUCCGACCAGCCAAGCUCAGACGGAUCCGAUGAUCUUUCUGAAUCAGAGCCCUCUGAGCUUCAGCAGGCUGGAGACAGUGAUCACAGCAACAUCGCCGCCAUGUGUCCCUCUGUGGCUCCUCCGGAACCUGUGGGUGCUGGGGUGCAAGAAGCAGCCAAGCUAGGGAAUGAAGAGGGGGAAUUGCAGGAGGAGAGACAGAUCAUUCCAGAACUGUUCCAACAGUUACAUGGAGCUACGUGGUUCACAAGGCUGGAGCUGCGUGGGAUCGUUGUGGAGGAAGGCAAGAAAAAGGCAACAGAAGAGCUAUGGAAAGUAGCGUUUGGUUUGGAGCUUCAACAGAAGGGGAGCUAUCAGCCCUUUGAGAUCUGCUCAGACCCUCUCAUCCCUCAGAGCGUGAUGCACUGCAUCCUGAAAGACAUGCUGGGCAAAUUUGUGCUCUCCUACGGCAAUGAGGUCGUGAUCUACUCAAUGAGCCAGGAGGCACACCUCCGACACAUCCGCCAAGUCCUGGUCCGCUUUCGACACAACCACGUCUACUGCUCACUGGACAGGAGCCUGUUCCACCAACACACUGUCGAAUUCAUGGGCUUUGUCCUGACCCCCAAAGGGGUGAGGCUGAACAAGAGCGUCGUGAAGACCAUCAGGGACUACCCGAUCCCUCUCUCUAAGGAGUCCCUGCAAACCCUGAUGGAGCUGAUGUCCCCCUACUGCCACUUCGUGGAGCGCUUCGCUGCCAUCACGGAGCCCCUGCGGCGGCAGCUGCUGACCUCCAACCACUUCCACUGGGGUGACGAGGAGCAGGAGGCCUUCGAAAGUGUGAAGCGGGCUUUCCGCAAGGCGCCCCUCCUCCAUCACCCCAAGUGCCACAAGCAGUUCUACUUGGACACAGGAGUCAACAUGACCGCUCUGUACGCCUCCCUCAUUCAAUUCGAUGAGCAAACCGGCAAAAGAGUGUUCUGCGCUUUCUUUUCCCGAGACCUUUCUCCCGUGGAAGCCAGCUCCCCUCCGCUGGUGAUGAAGACUAUCGCGAUUAGGGCUGCCUUGGAUGUGUGGUCUUGCUACCUGGAGAGCACCGAGGAGCCCAUCAUGAUCCUUCUCAACACAGAGGAUCUAGCCUCCCUGAAUAAUGACAGGCUCACCGUAAUUCUCCCGGGGCAGUGGGCCAAGUUCUUCGGCCGCUUCCACUUCGAUGUCAUGGAGAGGCCCGAACAAGAUGGCAGCAGCUCUCUGCCGCUGCAGAACCCCAACCAUGGGCCUUUCCGGGCCCACAAUGCCACCCGGGCCCGCACUGCUACCCGGGCCCGCACAGCCACCCGGGCCCGCACUGCCACCCAGACCCACACUGUCACCCGGGCCCGCACUGACACUCGGGCCCGCACUGUCAUCCGGGCGCAAGCUGACACCCGGGCCCACACUGCCACCCAGACCCACACUGUCACCCAGGCCCACACUGCCACUCAGGCCCACGCUGACACGCGGGCCCACACUGCCACCCAGACCCACACUGUCACCCGGGCCCACACUGCCACCCAGGCCCACGCUGACACGCGGGCCCACACUGCCACCCAGACCCACACUGCCACCCAGACCCACACUGUCACCCGGGCCCACACUGACACCCAGACCCACGCUGACACCCGGGCCCACACGGCCACCCAGACCCACACUGUCACCCGGGCCCACAUUGCCAUCCAGGCCCACGCUGACAUCGGGGCCAACAAUCCCGUCAGGGCCCGAAAUAACACCCGGGCCAACAAUCCCGUCAGGGCCCGAAAUAACACCCGGGCCAACAAUGCCAUCGGGGCCCGCACUGCCACCCGGGUCCGCACUGACACCCGGGCCCGCGCUGCCACCUGGCCCCAGAGUCCUGUCACCACAGAACGGUCCCUCAGGGACCAACUCCCAGAACUGAGAGAAGAAAAGGAGAAUGAGCCUGCGCCUCCCCAGGAAGAGCCAAGAAGGCAGACCCAACAGCAAGCGGCCCUGACUCCGGUACAGCAGGACCAAAUACUCAGCUACCUCCUCGUCCAUCUCAACAUGGACCAGAUGAGGAGCCUCUUCCUGCACUUCUUCCGAGACCUGCACAUCAGCAAGGACGCGCUGGCCCCCCUAGGCGUGCUGGCAAUGCUGAGGGCGAAGCAGCACCUCCCGCUGCUGCCCGCGCCCACGCUGCCAGUGGCGCUGCUGCCAGCCACGCGCUCCCUGCGCCUCAUUCUGGACUCGUCCCUCCUCACAGACCGUGGCCUCGCCAUGGCCAUCACCCAACUGUUGGCCCAGAUGCCCCCUCUCGUGGGCACUGUCACCAUCCGGACUGAGGAACAGGCCGAACAGAGGGCCCUGAUGCCCCGGGGCUCCCGGGUCCUCCACCUCCCACCCGAGUUCUGGAUGAUGCUGUGCGAGCGCUUUUGUGUCAGAGUCGCUCCCAGAGUAAGACCCCAGCCCCCCCUGCACAAGAGCCACUACCUGGAGCUGCACGUCAUCGGUAGUGAUGUCGUCUUGCGAGAAGCCCUGCAAGACGACCUGCAACGUUACCGUCAGUGUGGCCUGCAUGACGGCCUGCAAGACACCUCGCAGGACGCGCAGGCAGAUGACGACGCGCAGGAGGACGGCGCACAAGGGGUCCAGGUGAAGGAAGCUAACGCGGAAGGGGACCAAGAGAAAGGGGGCCAGAUGCAGGAGGCUGCGGCGGCCGACUCCUCCCCUACCCCCCCAGCCCCACCACGGGCCUCUGGUGGAAUCCUUGACUUCCUGUACAGACAGCUGUAUGGGGACCAAGAUCAACCCAAUCUGCCUCAUCAGGACCCUGCGGCCAGGAGCCUGGCCCACUUCCUGGCCAUGAUCUGCGCAGAGGAUCCAGUCCCCCUCCGAGGCAGACAGGCCAGGGGCGGAGCAAGGCUAGAGGAGCUCCCUGAGGAUGACGAGGACUUGGACCAUGACUGA